ACGGCAGAAACAUUUUAUCAGGGAACAAUGGGGUCUGUCAAAUCACUGUAGAUUUAACUGCAGUUACUCAACCAACUGUCCAAUAAAAUCAAACAGUCUAGUCGGUGCUGGUCACCCAAUCAUCGCUUCCAAGUUAAAUUGGACCAACUUUUUUCAGAAACAAUGCCCUCUUGCUCGUCUAAUCUCUGCUCCUGAGCAUUCAGAGUGCAUUUUGUGCCAUUGACCAAGCCCAAAUGCCAGGAUGGCCGGCAUGGAUAACACCAAUGUUCCUGUAUGCUAUUACAACCAGACAGCAAUGUUCUUCUACAAUUUGAGUGGGAGGGACCUAAUCGUAGAAGAGCAGCACUACAGAUCAGUGGGAUUUUUCAUCGGUGUGUUGCUCACUGGUGUCUCCAUCAUCUUCCUCAAUGGUUUGGUUCUCACGGCCAUCGUUAUAAACCGCCGGUUACAUUACCCUUUCUAUUAUUUGCUGGGGAACCUGGCUGUGACUGACCUGUGCGUUGGGAUCUCUUACCUUGUCAUAACGUGCCUGUCUGGCGUCUGGACCUCAACAGUAUCAACAAGCCAGUGGUUCUUCCGACAGGGUUUGAUUGACACCAGUUUAAUGGCGUCCCUGAUGAACCUGAUGGCCAUCGCGCUGGAGAGGCAGCAGACCAUCUUCACCAUGCAGCUUCACAGCAAAAUGACCAACCAACGCAUCAUCCUGCUUAUCGUUGCCGUCUGGAUCAUGGCCAUCCUGAUUGGCCUGUCGCCGGUUAUGGGAUGGAACUGUCUAUGUGAUCUGAGCUCCUGCUCCGAGACGCUGCCAUUAUUCAGUCGCAGCUAUGUCUUGACCAUCUCUAUACUGAGCCUGCUGAUCAUGUUCAUAGUAGUCAUUCUCUACACGUGCAUCUGUGUGUACGUGUGGAAGAAAAGCAGACGAAUGACGGAGCACACUUCACGGGACCAAAGUAAAGGAACCGUGGUCAGCCUGAUGAACACUGUGCUACUCAUACUAGGAUGUUUUGUUCUGUGCUGGACUCCAGCCUUGCUGUUGCUGUUGCUGGACGGCCUGCAUCAUGUUCCACAGAAAUUGCUGGUGGUUGAAUCAUUCAUUUUAACUCUGGUGGCUUGUAACUCAUUGGUAAACCCCAUCAUCUACACAUACCGGGACCAGGAUGUUCGUACUACUUUUAAAUGUAUUUUCUGCUGCUUUUGUGUGGCCUACCAGCAGAGGGUGAACUAAGCAAGACUGCUAGAUAAAAAAAAAAAAACAUCAUAAAAUUAGAGCUUCUUAUGAUAUUUGUCACGUUCUGUAGAAUCCGACUACUACAAUAGCCAUUGUUGUUCAAGCACUACACAUAGAUGUCAUACAACCACUGGGUCUGCUUACUGUCAUCAACAAAUCCUGAGUGCUAGUCACUGAAUGAACAGGCUAAUAAAUACAACCAUGCUGCUGGCUGGCAUCAGUGAUCUAGUGCUUACCUUAGUUGCACUGGUCAUGAAGUGAAACAUCCCAGCCAAGUGCAACGUACCCCAGUACAAACAUAUAUAACAAUAUAUAGCAGCAACAGCAACACCUCAGCAACCACCUGGGAUA